UGUCAGGUUUGUUGGAGGAAGAAGAAGAAGAAGAGAUGUUUGUUCUCAUCUGGGCGACUCUGCUUUUCUCUGUGAGAGUCAGCGAUGCUGAGACAGGUUCUUCAGUGUGGGGGAAACAAAGUUGUCCGUUGACAGAUUACUGUAUCACUCUAGUUGAAGGAGAAAUAACAGCGGAGGCCGGACUCUGUGUCGUGAUACCAUGCUCCUUCACUGUUCCUGAGGAUAUCAAAGUCUUACAUAUAGUUUGGUUUAAAUGUGAAUCGACCAAACAGAGAUGUGGUCAUGGAGACAUGAUUUUCCACAGUAAAACCUUCAGCGAUAAGGUUCAGUCGGAGUUUAAAGGACGAGUGUCACUGCUGGAGUCUGAUGUGAGCCAGAAAAACUGCAGCAUCAUCGUCAAUGACCUGAAGGAGUCGGACUCUGGAACAUAUCAACUCAGAGUUAACACUUUACCGAGUUCAGGUUCAUUUUCCAAAUUCUCCCAAAGAGCAACUGUCUCUGUUCAAGGUAUGAACCAUCCUGCUGUAUGACAUGUUUGGUGUAUUUGGGCCAUAGGCUGCAAAUAAACAUGAACAACACUUCUCCAUUUCCUUCCGUUGUACAAAAUACGUGUGAUGCCACGUUGCACUUUUGGUGUCAAAGUUUGCACAGUAGAGAUGUUGUGAUGUAGAGUGGUGUCAAAGUCCAGUCAGUUCAUGGGCUCAACCGAUUGUAAGACCAAUUAAGAUGUUUCAUCCCGUUACAGAGGCUAACACCAAAAAACGUAUUAGAAACAAACUUUCUGAAGAAUUUGCAAUUUAACAAACAUCAGUGUGAUAUGAUCUCCUGGAAGUGACGGAAACAGUUCUUGUGAAAAGUUCAUUUGAGGUGAAGUUUGAGUUUU